CGUGGUUUACUUCAGUCUGGUUGCCCUUGAGCCCGGAAGCAAAUGCUCUGGGUUCCUCCCACUCCAAGAUGGCAGCGUCUGAAGACAGCUUAGAGCUCCCUCGACUUCCCGAGCUGUUCGAAACCAGCAAACAGCUUCUGGAGGAAGUAGAAGUAGCCAAUGAACCCACCGGCGCCAAGAUAAUCCAGGACAGAGUGAUCAAGGGACUAGAUCUACUUGAGAAGGCUGCUAAAAUGCUAUCGCAACUCAGUUUGUUCAGCCGAAAUGAAGAUUUAGAAGAAAUUGCUUCCAUCGACCUGAAGUACCUGAUGGUGCCAGCGUUGCAAGGAGCCCUCACCAUGAAACAAGUCAACCCCAGCAAGCGGCUAGAUCAUUUACAGCAGGCUCGAGAACAUUUUAUAAACUACUUAACUCAGUGCCAUUAUUACCAUGUAGCAGAGUUUCAGCUGCCCAAACAACAACUGGACAAGAACAACUCAGCUGAAAAUAACACUGCUAGUUCUUCCAUGGCCUAUGCUAACCUCCUUGCUAUGGCGUCUCAAAGAAAGGCUAAAAUAGAGAGAUACAGACAGAAGAAAGAGGUGGAACAUAGGUUGUCUGCACUGAAAUCUGCUGUGGAAAAUGGUCAAGCAGAUGAUGAGCGAGUUCGGGAAUAUCACCUCCUUCACCUGCGGAGGUGGAUUGGAAUCAGCUUAGAGGAGAUUGAGAGCAUUGACCAGGAAAUAAAGAUCCUCAGAGAAAAAGACUCUUUCAGAGAGGCAUCAACUUCUCAGUCAUCUCCUCAGGAUAGACCUCCAAUGAAGUCCUUCAUCCUCACUCGGAACAAGGCCCAGUCCAAAGUAUUUGGAGCUGGUUAUCCAAGUCUGGCAACUAUGACAGUGAGUGACUGGUAUGAGCAGCAUCAGAAACAUGGAGUGUUACCAGACCAGGGAAUAGCCAACUCAACACCAGCUGUAGUUGAUUUCCAGAGAGUGGCUCAGGAACAAGACAAUGAAGAAAAGGAGAAAGAGGAUGAUGAGAAGGUACUCCGCAGAGCACGGGAGUGGGAUGAGUGGAAGGACACUCACCCAAGGGGCUAUGGCAACCGACAGAACAUGGGGUAGUCUUCCGACGACAUGACAGGACUCCAGGGCGUGGACCUUUCCUGCCAAGGAAACUGCCACCAUGCCCUCCGUGGUUCCUGCCUCACCUGCAUACA